AUGAGUGACGAAGACGAAACGUUGAAGGCCGCAAAGUUACAGCGUCGAGCUGCGAAAGCAUCGUUAACGAGAUUGGGGAAAGCGCUGAUUCAUCUGUGUGAGAGUAAAAGACCGGCGAACGAGGUAAGUGAGUACCUUGUUAAAAUAAAAGAUGCCUUUGAAAACGUGGUAUCGAAACACGAGACAUAUGCUAAUUUGAUUGUCGAUGAUGAAGCGUUCGCAAAUGAAGAAAAGUGGCUAGAUGAAUGUCAAAACUACUUUCUAAAAACUGAGAUUGACGCUAAGAGUUACAUAGAGAGUGUUAUAACGAAGGUUGCGGACAUUAGCCUUCACCAAAAUGAGCAAAACGAGCAACAUUCUUCAGGAAUGAUCGGAAUGCAGAACGCAGACAGCGCAAGUAAUACGACCCCGUUAAUUGUUGAGGAAACGCAUACAAGCGUGGGUAAUAAAGCAAACAAUGUAUCUGGGACCCCCCUUGCGGAAAUUUCCGAAGGAACUGUCAGCGCGCCAAUUGCAAUCACCGCUAGGAACGAUGAACAACCCUCAAGCCAAAUGCAAACCCAAUCUGAAGUUAAGAGCGAAAUAGGGACGGCACAAAAGUCAAACCUCUGCAGUUUUCAAAUGGAAAAACCAAAACUACCAAAAUUCUCUGGCGACGUGCGAGAAUAUGCCAUUUUCCGCGCGGAUUUCAAGCAUGCAAUCGAAUCGAGAUAUACGAAAAGGGAUUCAAUAACAUUACUGCGAACCUGUCUGAAAGAGAAGCCGCUUGAAUUAAUAAAGGGGAUUGGUUCUGAUUAUGACGCGGCGUGGGAAUACUUAGAUUCCAUAUACGGGGACCCUCGGUACGUAUCAGACACUAUCACGCAGGACAUAGUUAAAUUUAAAGCGUUGGAAGAUGGCGAAGAUGCACGGUUUUGUGACCUCGUACAUUUGGUAAGAAGGUGCUACAAUACACUUAAGGAAAUCGGCAUCCCGAGCGACAUGGACAACAGUCACAUGCUGUCAAUAAUCGAACAAAAAAUGUGUCCCGACGACCGUAAAGUGUGGUCGAGAGACUUAGAGAGAGAUCGAAAGCCAGCAACUCUGAGCAACUUGAUGACUUGGAUGACAAGCGAGAUGAAGUCGCGCAUGCGUGCAACAGCCCCGGUUAGAAGUGGUGCGACAAGUAGACGAAAGAUCAAUCACGUACACGGCGAAAUUGACAGAGAAAACAAGAACAGGAAUUGGUGUUGGCUGUGCAACAACUCAAGUCAUUGGCCUGACCAAUGCCAGAAACUCGCAGCAAUGACCGUUGAAGAGCGACUCAAAGUGGCUAAAGAAAAUCACGUGUGCUUCAGCUGUUUAAAGAAAGCAGGGCGAGAUCAUCGUCAGGCAAACUGCAGUAGACGAAAGCAGUGCAACCAAGUUGAAGACGGCAAUCAAUGCACCUACACCCACCAUCCGUUGCUACACAAGUCGAAUACAGCAGGUGUCAAAUUGGCGUCUGUAUCCAGCCAGAAUGAUGCAUUACUACCUGUGAUUGCUGCCAACAUUUGCGGUCCUAAUGGUUUAUACAAGCGAGGUAACGUUCUUUUCGAUUCGGGAGCUCAAAUCAGCCUGAUUCGAAGUGAAACAGCAGACAGCCUAGGUCUGAAAGGGAAAGACAUUUCAGUCAACAUCAUCAAAGUAGGUGGUGAAGAGGAAGCAAUUCGCACCAAGAGCUACAGAGUGCCAGUAAGCGGAAUCGGAGAUUCGAAGAAUUAUUCAGUUACGGCAAUUGGUAUUCAUUGCAUUAGUGAAGAUGUUAAAGCCAUCAACACUGGCAGCAUCACCGAGAAGCUUGGUCUACCAAGGGAUCAAGUGAAACGAGGAAAGGGGCAAGUGGACUUGCUCAUCGGGAUUGAUCAUGCGAACAUGCAUACUGGCCAAACAAAGCAAGUCGAACACCUGGUUGCCAGGAGAUCCCCACUCGGGUGGGUCAUAUUCGGCUCAUCUACGGGACAGUUAAGCAAUGCAACGACCACUGUUCUGCAUGUGAGAUAUCCGGAGCCAAUUGAUCUGUCGGAUUUCUGGGCGACUGAAGUCAUGGGAGUGAAGGUGCAGCCAUGCACUUGUGAUGCAGAUAAGUUAAGCCAGUCCGAGAGGCAAGAAAAGCGAUUGAUAGAAGAGUCAGCUCACAAAGUCGGAAAUCAGUGGAUGAUUCCAUAUCCAUGGAAAAAGGACCCGAGGAACCUGCCAGACAACAGAGACCAAGCCAUGAAACGUCUAGAUUCAACGGAACGUCGGUUGCUGAAGAACCCCACGCAAGCAGCCGCAUACAACGAUAAGAUGGCAGAAAUGGAAAAGAUGAGCUUCUCUCGUAAGUUAACAGAAGCAGAGGUCAAAGACCACAAGGGACCAGUGCAUUACAUCUCCCACCAUGCCGUGUUGAAACCUGAGAGUACAAGUACCCCAGUCCGCAUCGUGUUUAACUCAUCCGCCACGUACCAGGGCCAUAAGCUCAACGAUUACUGGCAGAAAGGUCCUGAUCUCCUCAACGGUCUAUUCGGAGUUAUUCUUCGUUUUAGAGAAAACAAAGUUGCCCUCACAGCGGAUAUUUCAAAGAUGUACCACCGAGUCCUUAUUCCCCUAGACGACCAGCAUGUGCACCGAUUCCUUUGGAGGAAUCUGGAGAUUGAUAGACCACCAGACACUUAUGUCAUGAACGUUCUCACAUUUGGUGAUAAGCCCGCACCAGCGAUGGCUCAAAUCGCGUUACGGAAAACUGCAGAAGAAGGAGAACGUGAGAAUCCGAGAGCAGCACAAGCCAUAAAGGACAAUUCCUACAUGGAUGAUAUCCUAGAUUCAGUUGCAACGAACGAAGAAGCGAUCGAGUUAACCACAGCAAUCGACGGGAUCCUCGAGAAAGGCGGGUUUGGAGUAAAAGGUUGGCAGUCAAACGGAGAACUAUCCCAGACAAACGACGAGAAAGAUGGAAAAGAAGUUUGUGUUCCGAAAGGAAAACAAGAUGCGAAAGUGCUCGGCCUAGUCUGGAAUAAUAAAGAUGACGUACUCAAGUACAAAGUCGAAGUGGAAAUAUGUAAGACCCAACAGCCGAAGUUAACCAAGAGAAAUAUCCUCAGCCAAGUCGCCAGAAUCUAUGACCCGAUUGGCUUCGCAGCACCUUAUCUAGUCAGAGCAAAGAUCGGUUUGCAAGAAGUGUGGAGGGAAGGACUUGACUGGGACGAUAAACUACCGCCAAGCGAUCAAAUAAAAUGGUUGUCAUACUUUAGGGAGAUGGAGCAGUUGAACGAAAUAUCGUUGGAAAGAUGUUUGUGUCCAGUUGUAAUGGUGGAGCCACCGACUUUGUGUGUUUUUGCAGACGCUUCCCGUGAUGCUUUUGGGACAUGUGCCUACCUCAGAAGCGAAGAACGUAAUGGAGCUGUGAACGUACGAUUUGUUGCAGCGAAAUCACGAGUGGCCCCACUGAAAGAACUGACGAUUCCGUGA